GUGACCACAGACAGAGGCUCGGGCAAAGGCCUAUAAAUGAGGUGCCGCAGCACCCAUGUCAAACCAAAUCAAACCAAGACUCAGCCUCGCUCAGAUCCAUUGUUUUUUUCACCCCUCCUGAAAUCUCAUCAUGGAUAUCCCCAUCCAGUAUCCUUGGUACCGUCGGGCCUUCCCUCAUCGGCUCUCUGACCUCCCCCCGGCAGAGCCUUUUGUUGACUGGCCCCACAUGUGGCCCUUUUCAUGGUCCUUGCCCUGGAUGCGCCAGUCGGCCAUGCGCUGGUUCAACUGGCCUGACAAUGGACACAGUGAGAUGCGCAUAGAAAAGGAUCGCUUUGUCAUUUAUCUGGAUGUGAAGCACUUCUCCCCUGACGAGCUGUCUAUCAACAUCAGUGACGAGUUCAUCACAAUACAUGGCAAACACGAGGAUAGACAGGACGACCAUGGCUUUGUGUCGAGAGAGUUUCUCAGGAAGUACAGGCUUCCUGCAGGCAUGUCGGGUACUGAUGUCACCGCCAGUCUGUCAUCUGAUGGUUUGCUGACAAUCACUGCACCUCGGUCAUCUUCUGGACAAGAGCGCAAUAUUCCCAUCUCCUGUGAGGAUGGGACACCGAAACAGAAAAUGUAGAACAAAGUCUGACGCUGCCGAUGCUGUUUCAGUUCUAACCAAAAGUGCUGCCUGUUGUUGUGUUUAAUCUGUCUCAGUUUAGACACGUGUAGGUGGGACAUGCAUGUCUAGAUGUCUACAGGUGUGUGGCUUCUAAUAAACCAGUAACUCCUGAUAGUGUCACAGCGAGACAAAUUGUUGCCUUAAUAAAAGACUAACAUGUUGAGUUUAGAUGACACCAUAUUGAAAUUUUCCAGAGACACACUGUGGUGACUUGUAGUUUAUUUUUCUAUCAAAAAUAACUUUUAGACAAAAAAUAUUCACAUCCACCAUGCAUGUCAGGCAAGGCAAGAUUAUUUGUACAGCACAUUUCAACAGUAAGGCAAUUCAAAGUGCUUUACAUAAAAUACAAAAUGCAACAAGUAGUCUAUGGAAAUGGUGCAUCAAGGCCAUGUCGUUCUAAUUUGAAUUCCCUAUCUUUAUCACACAUUUUACAACAUACCAUGUCUAAACUGUUCCUGCACUUUGGUGACAAAAUUAUAAGUAAUUGUUUUUUAUUCUAACCUAACACAUCUUGCAGCAUUUAUUAGUUGUACUGGGAAAUGCUAAACAGUCAAUUUAAAGGAGAUGAAAUGGGAAUUCCUGUCAAAAUUGUCAACUAAAGAUGAUAACAGACUGAAAUUGUUAGAAUUAAUUUGUUUUUACAAUAGUGUCAGUGUGGGUAUGAGUAAGAUGCCAACUUGAUUGUUGUAUGAGAUUAGUGUUGGUUUCAGUACGUGUGAGGAGGAAGGAGUUCUCUGGAGGCAUAUUCAGUGAUUUUAUGGUUGUUCAGUAAGAAUAAAAAACGCCACCGAAAGGACUUGGGACCAGGUGUGUUCUCUGUAGAGAGGAAGGAAAAGGGUGAACGAGCAGGAGGGAAAGUAGACGACAAAGAAAGAAUCAACUAAUGUUUGGAACUGAUCACUUUUCCAGAGAGCGAGGACUGGAGCAUGGACUCUGAGCUGCUAACUCUAGUGUGUGUGUUGGUGUGUGUGCAUAUUUGUUGGUGGAUACAGAAAUUGUUUGCUCUAUCUCCCCUUUAUAUUGGCAAAAACCCUUUGGCAUAUUAUUACAGAAUAAUCAAAUAGAAUAAACGUUGAAACUUAAA